UACAGAGUUUCUAAUUUCCACGAAGGGCUCCAGAAUUCAAAAUCACCGGUCCUUUUUCUCAGCCGAACUACCAAUUAAACGUAGUGGGCUUCUCUGCUAGUCGACAUCAGAAAUAAGAAGUCUUAUUUUAAUCUGCAAAAAAUUCUGAAUUAAGCGGUUGAAUCAAUUUCUCAAUCCAUCUGCCCGGAGACAUCAUCGCUUGGGAUUCUUCGAUUUUCCCCGUUUUCUUUUCUUUUUCUCACAUGUUUUUAAAAUUUCAACACUGGUGUUGUUGGUUUAUCUUUGAUUUUGACGGAAAGAAGUUGCAGAGAGGUGGUGCUACUCUGCUGCUUUGAUUGGGAGCAGUUGGAGUAACAGGAUCUUCUUUUGAAGGGGAUAACAUUUAGUUGAGGAGAUGAAGCGCAAGAGGGGCCACAAGAAAGGGAAACAAAAGAAGCAAUCAGUGUCUUUGGUUAGUAGAAAUGAACAGGCCCUGAAUGCUGUUAGCAUAAACACUGAUAAUUCAGGGUUGGAUGAUAUAGAUGAUGCCCAGAUGGAUUCUGGAAUGGAAGUUGAAGCAUCGGUGUCUACAAGGCCCGAUUAUCUUGCUAAAAUUGAAAAUACGGAUACUGAAGUGUUGAGUGAUAACCCCACUGGGAAAUUGGGACAUAAUGGGUUGACUGACAGACCUACUGGGCAAUUGGGACGUGGGCGUGUUAAGGUGAAGCUCAAGUCUUCAAAAUUGUAUGAGUCUCAGCGUACUUCAUCGGAUGCACAGACACAGAGUGAUACGGAUAAGAGUAGCCUGCAAGUGGGUUUGGGCAAACAGGUAGAAGUUACAGAAAAGAUGGAAGAUAGUGCCAAUUCUUUGCCUGAAAUGAAAGUUGCUAGUUUGGAAAGAUCAUCCCAAAAAGCAGGAAGCAUAAAGAUCAAAUCAUCGAGGGGUUUAGGCUCUUCAAAGGUAACUGUCAACCCAGGGAGUAGUCAGCUACGGAUGCAGGGUGAAAGGACCACCCAAACUGCAUCAGACAGUGAAAAGCCUUUGGACUCAUCAACAUCUAGGGAAUCAAACCAAAGGGAACCAAAACACCCUUAUCAAAAUCCACGAUACAAUGAGGAAGAACUGAGUGCUGCUUUGACGGUUAUCAAGAAAGUCAUGAAAAUGGAUGCAGCUGAGCCGUUUAAUGUUCCAGUGAAUCCUGUUGCCUUGGGAAUUCCUGACUAUUUUGACAUUAUAGAGACCCCGAUGGAUUUUGGCACUAUAUGCAAUAAUCUUGAACGGGAUGUGAAGUACAAAAACUCAGAGGACGUAUUUAAGGAUGUGCAGUAUAUUUGGGAUAACUGUUAUCGGUAUAACAACAAGGGUGAUUAUAUUGUGGACCUUAUGAAGCGGGUGAAAAAAAAUUUUACGAAGUACUGGAUGGCAGCUGGCUUGUACAGUGAUCAGUCGAAGAGAAUUAAUGCAGGAAGCAAUAGUUCUCAUGUGGAAAGCCUUGCUCUUUGCAAUCAAGAAAAUCUACAUCUUAAAGGCAGUCAUUUGAAACAAAAGACACGUAAACGUCAUGGAAUCAACCGCCACAAAAGCGAUUGUCUCUGUGCUGUCUGUGUUGUAAGGCGUCGCAGAAAGGAGCGUGAGGGAAAUUCCCAAGUGACUGAAAAUGAGAUUCGAAUAAGUGAUAGUAAUCUGUCUCAAGAGUUGAAACAUGAGGAAACCUCCCCCAUGGAUAAUCCUUGCAGUGAGGAUGCAUCAUCAAAUUUUGACGACUCAGUAGAGCAUGAUGUUGAUGCUGAUUUAGAAGAACAAGGAGAGGAAGUAAAACUGGAGACAGCUGAACAGUACAGUCCCAAACAACAGGAAAUGUAUGAGAAUGAGAUGGACAUUGAGAAGAAUGAAGUGGGCGAAUCUUCAAAGCUAAGACAAGGCAAUGGAUCUGGGGAGGAACCUAAUGUGCACUCUCAGGCGCUAGAAAUGGAGGAUCCAUGUGUGGUGGUUCAACUUGAUACUCAGAAAGAUGGCGUAUCAGUUCAGCUCAACAGUGAAGGCAAAGCUGUGCAGCAUCAUGAUCAGGAUCCAACGCAACCAAAACAAGAGGAUUCACAAGACAGGCAUCGGCACACUCAAAUAUUUGACAAUCUUCUUCGUGAGAAUCCUUUGGUUUUGGAGUUAUGUACUACGCUUUUCCCUGAAAAUUCUAGGUCUGUUUGGACCGGGUCUCAUUCGCUGGUCCGUCGCCGCAAGUCCAUUCACAGUGGUGCCAUUCGUGAGGCUAUGAAAAUGUUAAUGAAGUAGCUUAAGAUCUCUCUUGUGACUUUGCCAUGGCACAUAUCAAAAUGAUUUGAGGGGAAGCAGUGCGGUGAUGUUUGAUACUUUUAGCUCCUAUAUGUCACAAAAAGGAUAUACAUGCGAUGGAUGAGCUAGUAACUCCAGGUAGAAUUCUUCCAUCACUACUAAACCAGGUUGGCCAAGUUUGAACCAUGUUAGAUCAUGGAAGGUCCAAUCCAGUCCAUCCUGAUUGAUGUUGUGUUGGAAUUAAACCAGAUUCAGGCUGCUGGAUGGUCAGUGAAGAAUAGCCAUAUACAGCUGAACAAUGAUUUAUUCUACAACCGAAAUGAUACCCUUCAUGAAUUGCUAGUUUUACUUCCACGCAAGUGUUUACCAUCAUGGAAUCUCUAUACCAUUUCUGAAACUAUUCAAUAUAUGCAAUAUAUUUGAACAUCA